AUUUUAUAAUCAUCCAACACACCUUGGUCCCAAUAGGCUUCUCUACAAAAAUCCAAAGACAACCAUGACUCUUUCCUGGAAGCCUCCAACUAACAUUCUUUCCUACCACCUACACCAUCCCUUCUCCAAACGAACAUUCCAACACAGUAAAAACACACGGAAACAUCAUCAAGAUCAACCCACAAAAAAUUUCAGAGAAUCAGAGAAAAAUGGGUAUGAUUUUGACACAAAGAUCGAAACUCUCCCUCAAAUUUCUUUGCAUUUUUUUCUUCAUCGCACAAUCUCUUGCCACAGAAGUAGAAACAAACCCUCAUGUAACCAAACCAUCGGCCUAUGAAGUCCUCGGCCACUACAACUUCCCCAUCGGUAUCCUUCCAAAAGGGGUUCUUGAUUACGAUCUCGACUCUUCGUCGGGGAAGUUCUCUGCUUUCUUGAACGGGAGUUGCAGUUUCUCUCUGGAGGGGUCGUACCAGUUGAGGUACAAGUCCAACAUUAAAGGGUACAUCUCCAGAGGAAAGCUCUCGAGAUUGGAGGGUGUCAGUGUGAAGCUGUUCUUCAUGUGGGUCGAUAUCGUGCAGGUCUUAAGGAGAGGAGACCAUCUUGAAUUUUCAGUGGGUAUUGCAGGUGCUGAUUUUCCUCUCGAUAAUUUUGAAGAGUGCCCUCAAUGUGGGUGUGGGUUGAACUGCAAUCAUCAGCAAGUAAGGGAGACUAGAACAAACCCAUUGCUUUCUUCCUUUUAGAAUGUGUUUGGAUUAGAAAAUUGUUGUGUUGGAAUCAUGAGUUCUGAAUUCUUGCUUAAUGCGAAUAAAACAGAAUGAUCUCUGAUUUUGGAAGAAAUGUUAGUAGAUGAACUGGAAUUUGUCUGAAUAUUGUAUCUGCCUUCGAAAAUAUUUCAUGUUGAUUUGUGGUGAGUUCAUCUAAUUCUAAUGUGAUUGGUAAUGUUUG